UUUCUCGUUAGCUCGAAUGGAAAUGUCCGUCUCUGUCUGAUUUUUUAUUUGUUGUCUGAGUGAAUGAGGGCUGCUCAUCAGGAAGUAUCCAGCGGGCGAAACUUUAAAUAAUUACGAUUUAACAUUUGGGCCCCGGCCAUGUCUCUCUGCGCUCUGUACGACAAAGAACAGGCCAACGCAGUGUCUGCAGGCGCGGGUUGCAGUGGAUUUACAAUGAAAAUAUAUUCAAGGGACACAAUGUGCGUGAAUAGGUUAACAACAGAAGAUGGACGGAGACAGCUCGACCACCGACGCCUCCCAGUUGGGUAUCACUGGAGAGUACAUGGCAUCCGGUCACUACGUACUCCAGUCUCAAGAUGAUGACGCAGAUGAGAGUCUGAACGACCAUGACGACGGCGGCAUCAAAGAGAACUUUCGUGAGCAGGACAUCUAUCUUCCUAUUGCCAACGUGGCUCGCAUCAUGAAGAAUGCCGUUCCUCAGACUGGAAAGAUUGCAAAAGACGCCAAGGAGUGUGUGCAGGAGUGUGUCAGCGAAUUCAUCAGCUUCAUCACGUCCGAGGCGAGCGAGCGCUGCCACCAGGAGAAGAGGAAGACCAUCAACGGAGAGGACAUCCUGUUCGCCAUGUCCACACUGGGCUUCGACAUGUAUGUGGAGCCGCUGAAGCUCUACCUGCAGAAGUUCAGAGAGGCCAUGAAGGGGGAGAAGGGGAUCCCAGGCGUGGCGGUGGGAGAGAGCCUGGGAGAGGAGCUCACAGACGACAGCUUCACAAAUCCUCUGCCGGCUGGGAUUAUCACAGCAGACGGUCAGCAGCAAAACGUCAUGGUGUACACCACCUCAUAUCAACAGAUUCCCACCGUACAACAGAUCCAGUUUUCAUGACAAGGCCUUACCCCGAGCCUGAACACAGCGGCUCCCUUACCAGGCCCACAUUCACCCGAUGACCUCUGACCCUACCACAGGGUGAAGGUUAUCACAUGGACAGGGAGGAGGAGGAGGAGGAGGGGUGGGGGGGUGAGGGCGUCUACAGAAACCCUCAUGUACAGAGAAAUCACUACCUGUUCAGUAGAAAGUGUAGUUUCUAGUUGUGAGGUACCAAAUGUUUUGGAGUGCAUCCGAAGCUGCUGGGAAAUUGAGGCUUUAUUUUAAAGGCUAGUCUUAUUACAUUAUUUAGUGGUCAAAUUCUUUUUGUGUGUGUGUGUGCGUGUGUGUGUGUUCAUGUGUUUGCUUUUAUGCAUUUUCUUCUUUUGGGGGUGGUGUGGGGUGGGGUGGGGGGGGGAUAAAGGGACGUGAUGUAUUGGAUGCUUAUUUUUGAACGCCUUCUCUGUUUGAACCGAGGGAAACCACAUUGAUACUGUCACAUCAGAUCAUGCAGCUCUUUUGUAAGUUCACACAAUUUACCAUGUGCUUUAAUGUUCUGUAAAUCCUUUGAAUAAAAAUUCAAAAGCGAUGUUUCAAA